UAGAAAAUAAAAAGGAGAAAAAGAAAAUCGGAUAGUGAAGCGAGGAGGUAUCGGAAGGAGAGUUAUACUGCCUAUAUAGCAAAAAAGGAAUGACGCCGGUAUUUUUAAUGGGAAGCCGAAGGCGAGUUGAAUAGAACGAGCUUUUGGGUCCCUCGCGAGGACGUCGUGCGCCUCUACAAGGGUUCAAAGCGAGAGCCAAGUUCUAACAAGCCUGAGGCUUCGUGCCCCUGGCCCCUGGAUGUCUCCUUUAAAUAAUCCACCGGACGAUCCAUUCAAUCGUUCAAGCAUGAUGAAGAAAGAUUCUUUCGAUGUCCGCCUCAGUUAUCAAGAUAAUUUCUAUGGUAAAAGCUACGUGGACGAUUCUCCAAAAAUUCUAUCACCGUCUUUUAAGAGAAAUUCCAGUAUUCAAGCAACGUACGUCGUACGAUUCAAAGACGAGUCACAAGGGGUUAAGCGAAACCUGACCAGAUCCGUGGCUCACCCCACUACGUGGCCGGCAAAAGGGUGGCCCUUGGCACUAGAACCCGUCCUUCGUUCAUGCAAAAUGCAAGAGGCCAGUUUCGAAACGGCCGGCCAUCAAAUAUCCACGCCGUUACUAUUUCCGAAUAAAAAUUCUUUCGCGAUGCGUCCGAACAAUUUUUACUUGUCACGUUAAAUUUGAUUUAACGCUUUUUCCGAGAAGUUUCCGUUCGAAGUGACGAUACGCCAAAAAUAUUGAUCGUGAUCGAUGUGAUGGAAUCACGAACGAUGUUACAAUGUUUGGAUCGAAAAAUCAUAAAAACCGAUUGAAAUCGAAAGUGUCGUUCGAAUCGAAAAGAGAGAUGAUAGUGUUGCCGAAUUGAUUUGUUUUCAAAAGCUCU